UCACUUGAGUUGAAUUAUUUUAUCCACGGCUCCCUUUGGAAAGGGACCCUGUCUGGUCCUGUCCUAGCUCACUCUUUUCAUUUUAAUGAACAUGUUUUCCAGAACUGCAUUGAGCAACACAACUAGCAUUGAGAUAUGCAAUUGCCUUAUUCUUAUUAUUUUUUUUAAUUAAGAAAUUUAUUAACAUUUGCAUUUUUUAAAAUCUAAUUUUAGGCUGAUACACUUUUUACUGUUUGCAUGGUCAAAAGGAUGUUUUUCCCUGUUCUAGUAGAAGAGUAUGGACUGUCUGAUCCCAACUGCUGUUUGUAUUUGUACAUAACCUUGAUUUGUCCUAAAAGAAAGCCUUUGUGCUUGCAGAACAGGUCUGUUCUGUGUCAUGACUGGGAAACUGGGCUGUCUUCAGUAGGGUGCAACCCAGAUUUUCAAAUGGUUUUUAAAGUAUUUGGGCAUGGGACAGCUGUGUCUGAAAAUACAUUAGGGAGAGGUUGUUUACGGGAAAGGACAGGCUUGGUUUGCUCACUAAUUACUGCAUUGCUGAAGAGCUGGCUGUAGUUUUCUGUACUCAGAGUUCAGUUAGUAACUCAUGAGUUGUAUGAGUUAAAUGGAUGAUUCAGCAGGAUGGUGGGAAAUCUUAUUGCCAGCUGCACAUAUUAAGUACUAUGCAUAGCUACUGCAGUGUGAGAUACUAGAGGGGAUUGCUGGGACAUCCUUGAAGUGAUGGGUUAACUUCUCAGCCAGAGGGAAGUUGUACAUGUGUUAUUUCCGGUUACUGGAUAGUGUGUGAAUGACUGUGAAUGAAGUCCUAAUCCAAUGCCCGCUGCAUUCAGUUAUAUGUUUCCAGUCAUUUCAGCUGUAGUUUUAAGUGGGAACUGGAUCAAACCUCUCUCUGUAAGAUUGAAGAUAGCAAAGUCACACUGAAAGGAAAAAGUCAGGUUUAAGUGCUCUGCCAAUGUCAUGUCCGCAAUUGCUCAUGGACUGGUAGAGGAAACAUGGAAUAUCUGAAUUGAGAGAGACCAUCAGGGAGAUCUGGUGCCAGCAACCUGCGUGGAGGAAAGGAGGAGGAACUGAUAAUUCCCCUGUGUGAGGACCAACAUCUGAGUGCACUCUGUGAUCAGGAGGGAAGCGAGGGACACUUAACCUUGGAACUGUCUGUCUCUUCUCCAGAUGUAGUAAGAAAACAUUAGAAAGCAGAGUCAAAAUGUCAGACAAAAGUGAUUUAAAAGCAGAACUUGAGCGCAAAAAACAACGUUUGGCUCAGAUAAGAGAAGAAAAGAAACGGAAGGAGGAAGAAAGGAAGAAAAAAGAGGCUGAUCUACAGCAGAAGAAGGAGCCAGCUCAGGAAGAUUCUGACCUAGACCGUAAAAGAAGAGAGACAGAGGCUUUGUUACAGAGCAUUGGUAUAUCCCCAGAACCACCUCUAGUCCCAACCCCUAUGUCUCCCUCUUCGAAAUCAGUGAGCACACCCAGUGACGCAGGCAGCCAGGACUCAGGGGAUCUGGGACCCAUAGGAAGGACCUUGCAAUGGGACACAGACCCCUCAGUGCUGCAACUCCAGUCUGACUCUGAACUUGGACGCAGACUGCACAAACUAGGGGUGUCAAAGAUUACCCAGGUUGAUUUCUUACCUCGGGAGGUGGUAUCAUACUCCAAGGAGACACAGACACCUCUGGCCACACAUCAAUCUGAAGAGGAUGAAGAUGAUGAAGAGAUGGUGGAGCCAAAAACACAGGAUGACUUAGAGACAGAAAAGCAAGACCAGAAGCAGGAAGUGAAAGAAGCUCCUCCUAGAGAACUGACAGAAGAAGAAAAGCAACAAGUUCUCCAUUCAGAAGAAUUCCUGAUAUUUUUUGACCGCACAAUACGUGUAAUUGAGCGAGCUUUGGCUGAAGAUUCUGACAUCUUCUUUGACUAUAGUGGGAGAGACGUAGAAGAGAAAGAUGGAGACGUUCAAGCAGGAGCCAACCUUUCCUUUAACCGGCAGUUUUAUGAUGAGCACUGGUCAAAGCAUCGUGUCGUCACCUGCAUGGAUUGGUCUCUUCAGUAUCCCGAAUUGAUGGUUGCAUCUUAUAACAAUAAUGAAGAUGCUCCACACGAGCCUGAUGGGGUAGCCUUGGUGUGGAACAUGAAGUUCAAGAAAACCACACCAGAAUAUGUGUUCCAUUGUCAGUCCUCCGUGAUGUCAGUCUGUUUUGCCCGCUUUCACCCAAACCUGGUCGUCGGUGGAACAUACUCUGGCCAGAUUGUCCUGUGGGAUAAUCGCAGUCACAGGCGCACUCCAGUCCAGAGAACUCCCCUGUCUGCUGCUGCUCACACGCAUCCUGUGUAUUGUGUGAAUGUAGUUGGAACACAGAAUGCACACAAUCUUAUUACUGUCUCUACGGAUGGAAAAAUGUGCUCCUGGAGCCUGGACAUGCUCUCAACUCCACAGGAGAGCAUGGAGCUGGUAUACAAUAAGUCCAAACCAGUGGCGGUCACAGGAAUGGCUUUCCCAACUGGAGAUGUCAAUAACUUUGUCGUGGGCAGUGAAGAGGGAACAGUCUACACAGCCUGUCGUCAUGGAAGUAAAGCUGGCAUUGGUGAAAUUUUUGAAGGCCACCAAGGACCUGUCACAGGAAUCAACUGUCACAUGGCAGUGGGUCCAAUAGACUUUUCCCAUCUCUUUGUCACAUCAUCAUUUGACUGGACAGUGAAAUUGUGGACCACAAAGCACAACAAGCCGCUCUACUCCUUUGAAGACAAUGCCGACUAUGUCUACGAUGUCAUGUGGUCGCCAGUGCAUCCCGCGCUCUUCGCCUGCGUGGACGGGAUGGGGCGCCUGGAUCUGUGGAACCUGAAUAACGACACCGAGGUUCCCACAGCCAGUGUCACCAUAGAAGGAGCGUCUGCCCUCAACCGUGUCCGCUGGGCCCAGGCUGGGAAGGAGGUGGCAGUUGGUGAUUCAGAAGGCCGCAUAUGGGUCUAUGAUGUCGGAGAGGUCAUAUUCUGCUUGUACUGUGAGUACAUAGAUAGAAACUCUGGCUGUUCCACACAACGACGAGUGGACGCGCUUUGCCCGGACCUUGGUGGAGAUCCGCGCCAACCGAGCUGACAGCGAAGAAGAGGGGGCGGUGGAGCUCUCGGCAUAGAGGGAGAGGAGCAGCGCCCGCCAGAACAGCAGCUUCCCCCACUGAGUUUGCCAGUGUUCAGUGUCAGAGUCAGUCUUGCUGUGGCGUUUGAUGCCAGUGUACAUGCCAGUAUUGCUCAAAGCAUUCCAUAUUAAUCACACUGCUUUACACAAGGCUGAAAAUAUCCAGAGCAUUUUCAUACUUUAUAUUUCUGUCUGAAAAGUAAGAAAGAAAAGACAAAUCAACCCUUUAUGGGUUUAGUUGUUGCCUUUUAACUACUUAGGAGCUGUAUUUAAUAGCUAGGAACCCCUGGUUAAACUUGUGCUCACAUUGCCCUUCUGGCAUAGUCCUAUUAAAUCCAUAUGAAGCCAGAUAUGAUUAUGUGCAGAUGUGGUGUGCUUCACUGUAUGGGACUGGGCCAAAGACUUUAGAUGUGGUGUAUCACAUGGUGACUUACAUUAUGAAUGGAUGUACUAUACGAAAGUUGCUGCUCCUUAUUUAUUGCGGUGUGCUGCAUGGAACAUAUUUAUUUGAAAGCAUUAAAAUAAAUGAUCCUAAAGCAUGUGCAUAAUGAGAGAACUGCAUUGUCUGUGUGCUGCUGUAGAGGUUACAUUAAAGUCCACGUGACAAUUACAGUACAUCAGUUGUGCUUAAGAUGUAAGAUCUAUAAAGGUUGGCUUGAGUGGAUGGAAUGAGCUCCCUUUCCUUUUUUUUUAAGAUGCCUAUUAUUUCUAGGCACUUUAACUAUAUUUCAGAUACAGUUGGUCACUGAUACUUGUCAUGCAAGUUAACACUAAUAGUCUGACAAAGGGUUGUGGUUCCCCAGUAUGACACCAGUAUUGCCAAUAAAAUGUAUCAAGCCUG